UGUCCACUCACCAAUCACACACUAUCAGCGCCAUCCAGUCGAACAGGAAACGACUUUCAUAAUGAAGGGUGCUGCAGGAGAUCCAGUCAGUUCUCGCCCUCAUUGGAGACAGGCUCGUUUAUGAAAGGCUGCUCUCUUGUGGCCACCGGUAGUAAAAUAUGAUCCAGGGAUGGAAGGAUGGAUUGACAGGAAAUAAUAUGCUCUCAUAAACCAAGAUUGGUGCUGCUGGACUCCUUUUAUAGACUCAAGACAGCUAUCUACAGACCAUUCGUAUCAUGGGCAGCAAAGAAAAUGGAACUGUCAGUUAAUGCAUUUAAAGUCACUAGAUUUGAGAAUAAAAGGUAACUAGAUUUGAAUAGAUAGAUAGAUAGAUUCUUAUAAGAGAAACUUUCCGUGUCAACCUCAUUUGUCUGCAGCAAAACCUUGGCUGAAUCCAGAGCGGUGCUGUGCGCUCUAGGGUCCGGGUUUUCUAUCUCUCCCCUCCCAUCUAUUUCCUCCUCGCUUGCUACUAGUUUACCUUCACUUGUUCAGCCUUCACUCUGAGAGGAGGAGGAGGGUGGUAUAUGAUUGGCCAGGCGGGGACUGGUAGUCCGGAGGCUGGCGUUGUGCUUCGCGUUGUUCCCCGUGUUCUUGUUUACACCUUGCGGACGGGGACGGGGACGAGACAAGCUACCCAGGGGCCCAGAACAGACUCGGGAGUCCAGUCUGCAGUGUUCGCGACAGCACCAUCUCCGUGGCACUUAUUUUGUAUGGUCGCAAACCAAGUUUCUGUUUGCUGGGAAUCGGACUCUCCCGUCUAAUUUAAUCUCUCCAUCCAGAGCAGCGAUGCGUCAAACUUUUUGGUGACUUUUGUGGCACCUCUGCACUUAUGGCUCCCAGUCAAGCCGGGCACAAGUGGAGCUGGAAAUGAAAUCUACAAGGAAUAGUCCCGACAAAAUUGUUUCUUUAUAUCCACAGGGUGUGAUAUCUGCGGACCUCUUCAAACUUUGAUUACAGACGGAAAUUACACCUCUUCAAUCUUGAAGCUGCUUGGUGAUGGAUGUGUUUUGAGCGUUGCAGCCGGUUUGCGUCAACAGUCGAGAAAUAUUUACAAAAACAACGGCACCCAACAGCAAAUACUGGACUCGUUAGUAUUUCCGCCUUCCCUGAGAAAUCUAUCAGGGUUUAAAGACUUUGUUGGACAAGAACCACUUGGUGUGACAAAAGCACCGCAGGUGUGUGAACAAACCCCGGGACAUUUCGCAACGGCGUAGCCGGAAAAGAUGCUCUCUGUUCGGAUGCAGCGCGACCAAGGUCUCGGUCCUCUGGUUCUUCUCCUCCUGUUCGGGGGAUAUGUCGCGUCUGGCACUGAGAGCAGCGACUACAGCGAGGCUGAGGUCCUCCCUGACUCCUUCCCAUCAGCACCGGCGGAACCUCUCCCAGAAUUCCUGCUGGAACCAGAGGACGCUUUCAUUGUAAAGAACCGGCCGGUCCAGAUGCGGUGCCGGGCGUCACCAGCCACACAGAUCUACUUUAAAUGCAACGGAGAGUGGGUCAAUCAGAACGAUCACAUCACCAGAGAGAGCCUGGACCAGAUUACAGGUCUGGUGGUGAGAGAGGUGGACAUCUCAGUGUCGAGGACCCAGGUGGAGGAGCUGUUUGGGCUGGAGGACUACUGGUGCCAGUGUGUGGCCUGGAGCUCGGCUGGCACCACCAAGAGCAACCGUGCCUAUGUUCGCAUAGCAUACCUGAGGAAGAACUUCGAGCAGGAGCCGCUGGGGCGGGAGGUGCGACUCGAGCAGGAGGUGCUGCUGCAGUGUCGCCCCCCAGAGGGCAUGCCCGCUGCUGAGGUGGACUGGCUGAAGAACGAGGAUGUCAUCGAUCCAUCGCAGGACUCCAACUUCCUGAUCACCAUCGAUCAUGAUCUGAUCAUUAAACAGGCCAGACUCUCAGACACCGCUAACUACACCUGUGUGGCUCGUAACGUGGUGGCCAAAAGACGCAGCAGCACUGCUACUCUCAUUGUUUAUGUGAGUGGAGGUUGGUCUUCUUGGACUGAGUGGUCAGAGUGUAAUGCUCAGUGCGGGCGGGGCUGGCAGCGGCGAACACGCAGCUGUACCAAUCCUGCCCCUCUGAAUGGAGGAGCCUUCUGUGAGGGUCCACCCUUCCAGAGAGUGACCUGCACCACACUGUGCCCAGUGGAUGGAGGCUGGACAGAGUGGGCAAAGUGGUCCGCCUGUGGGACAGAGUGCACCCACUGGCGCAGUCGCGAGUGCCAAGCCCCCCCACCCAGGAACGGAGGAAAGCACUGCAGUGGCAGCAUGAUGGAGAGUAAAAACUGCACUGAGGGGCUGUGUACACGAAAUAAAAAGAUUUCUAUUGAACAUGCAAGCCAUCCACUGGGCCCAGGUAUGGGUGUAGCCGUCUAUGCAGGUCUGGUGGUAGCCCUGCUGCUGUGUGUGAUCCUGGCGCUGUGCGUGGGAGGGCUCGCAUAUCGCCGCAGACGCCGCCAUCUCCACGGAGAUAUCACUGAUUCCUCAUCCGCUCUCACCACCGCCUUCCACCCUGGCAACUACAAGCCUCCCAGACAGGAUAACCCUCACCCUCUGCAUCCCUCAGCUCCUCCAGAUUUGACAGCCACAGCGGGGGCUUUCCGUGGACCGCUCUUCUCCCUGCAGCAGGCGGUCAACGACAGCCCCCACAAAAUCCCCAUGACCACUUCUCCCCUGCUGGACCCGUUGCCCAGUCUCAAAAUCAAGGUGUACAACUCCUCCACUCUUUCCUCCCUGGAGCUCCCCGCUGACAUGGGCUCAGGUGACGGGGAGAUCCUCAGCCUGAAGUCAGUGGGUACUGUGGGUAGAGAGCGAGAGUACCACAGUCACACCCUGUCCAGAGAGCCUGGGCUGAGCACCAGCGCCACCAUGGGCAACCUGGGAGGACGCCUCACCAUCCCCAACACAGGUGUGAGUCUGCUGGUCCCUCCUGGCACAAUCCCCCAGGGGAAGUUCUACGAGAUGUACCUCAUUAUCAACAAGUGGGACAAAACAACGCUACCCUCUGAGGGCAGUCAGACUGUACUAAGUCCUGUUGUGAGCUGUGGCCCAUCCGGCAUGCUGCUGAAUCGUCCUGUGGUCCUUACGUUGCCCCACUGUGCCCAGCUAGAUACACCCACACCUGACUGGACCCUCACACUCAAGACUCAGACGCACCAGGGAGCAUGGGAGGAGGUGUUGACAGUGGGCGAAGAGACUUUGUCAUCUCCGUGCUACCUGCAGCUGGAGGAGGAGUGUUGCCACGUUCUCAUGGAGCAGCUGGGAACAUAUGGCCUGGUGGGCCAGUCCUGCCCUCCGCAGCCUGCCUGCAAACGCCUGCAGCUGGCACUGUUCGCACCCCGAGCACCCUGCCUCUCCCUGGACUACAGCCUCCGGAUCUACUGCAUCCAUGACACACCACAUGCUCUUAAGGAGGUGCUGGAUUUGGAAAGGAGUCUAGGUGGAGUUUUGCUGGAGGAUCCCAAGCCACUGCUCUUCAAAGACAGCUACCACAACCUGCGUCUGUCCAUCCACGACAUUCCUCACACUCACUGGAGAAGCAAACUACUGGCCAAGUACCAGGAGAUCCCCUUCUAUCACAUUUGGAGCGGCAGUCAGAGACCUCUGCACUGCACCUUCAGCCUAGAGAGAGGCAGCCUGGCUGUGUCACAGCUCACCUGUAAGAUCUGUGUCCGACAGGUGGAAGGGGAGGGACAGAUAUUCCAGCUGCAUACGGACAUCCAGGAGACUCUACCACCGCACUCGCCCCUCCCCUCAGGAGGCACCUGCCUGCCUUCCUCUCAAGUGGGACCCUAUGCCUUUCGCUUGCCUGACUCCAUUCGCCAGAAGAUCUGUGCCAGUUUGGAUGCACCCAGCGCUCGCGGGUGUGACUGGAGACUACUGGCACGUAGUCUGGGCUUUGACAGGUACUUGAACUACUUUGCAACAAAGCCCAGCCCCACAGGUGUUCUACUGGACUUAUGGGAAGCUUGUCACCAAGGUGACGCAGACCUGGUCUCUCUGGCGACCGCGCUGGAAGAGAUGGGCAAAAGUGAGGUGCUAGUUGUCAUGACAACAGAUGGGGAUUGUUGAUUGGUCAAGGAACAAGAGAGCAAGCAAGACAUUUUUUUUUCUUUUCUUUUCUUUUUUUUUACCACCGUGAUGGAAAUAAGAAUACCUGCCUAUGAAUAUGCACACCCUGGCACACAUCAUAAGCCCACAGAGCAUUUUGGUUCUUUCACUUACUUUAUCACCUCUGCCUCAUCUCGCUUUUCACUCGCCCCUGAUCAGCGACUGUAGCUACAUCCGCCAUAACCCAUUGCCAUGCAAGCCAUCCUACGAUAACUGCUAACCUGAUUCAGCUUGAAUCCUCCAAAGCAAUGUUGCAUCUGCAAGAUGUGAAACCAUUUUAAGUGUAACGAAGGUACAGAAUGGGUGUAAAAUCUGUUACGUGUGGUGUUGACUGUGCUCUUCAGAGAUUGAAAAUGACAAUAUUCUUGUAUAUAAAUAACAAAGCUUUGGGACAAACACAAAAAAAAUCCAUGUAUUCAGCACACUGAAGCACGCACAAUAAUACAAACACACAAACGCUAACACAGGAUUACUAAUGUUUCAGUAGCAGCAUGAAAGUGCAUGAUUUCACACCAUCUCACCUCAUGGCAGGGGCUUUUGUUUUCUCCAUUGUCAUUCUGUGUGGGCAGUGAAUGACAGGCAGCGCUGACCUGUCUGCAACCUCCUCAGGCUACAGACACACUCCAACACACAUGCGGACAAACUGGUCAUUAAUCGGCUCAGAAUCAGACAGGUUAGGUUUUUUUCUCUUAACUGUUUCAACUGUCAACAAAUCGAGGACCGAGCUCUCAAGGUUUCAGGGCUUGAGCUUAUCGCUUUGGGCUGGAAAAAAAAGCUGCCUCUUCUUUGUGGUGGGAGGGUGAAUUGUAAAGUUUGUUUCAGAAUUGGUGGACAACUAGAUGGACUGACUCUUUAUAUUGUACCAACAAAUGCCUCAAAGCCUUGGCAUAUCAUUCCGACUCACAGGGGUGUUUCUCUUUCAUCUCUCCUCGCAUUCCUCUAUCGCUCUGCCACACUCCUCCGAUCUGUUGAGAAUAAACUGCAGGAGAGCUUUCUGGUCAUCCCUUAAAAGUUUCCUUUGGGGAACGCUCUUUAAGUUAUUAUCCAUAUUUGUGGAUUCCUUUUUUUGCAUUGUCAUUGCUGUUAUGAUCAUAUAGAACCAGUUUUAUCAUUUGUGCUUGUUUAGGCUACUGAGCUGCUGCAUAUUACUUUUGAUUCUAGAAUAGCAGGCCAAAUGGGAGACUUAGGUGCACAGUGGAUGUCUCAGUUGUGAAUAACAGAACCAUGUUUAUUUGUCAUUUUUAAUAUUGUGUAUCUAUUCAAAAUGUUAAAUAUGAGCUGUAAAACAUGAUUAGAGGUGAUCAAAUGUCCAGGUGAAUAUGCUGUACGCUUUAUUUCAUAGGCAUUUUGCUUUGCUGUAACUGAGGGGGCAGUUUCCACUGUUCAGAGAUGAAUAUUGCUGAAUACAUUAGCCUUGCCUUGAAUCAACUAGGCAGCAAGGGACCAUAAAAUUUACCUCAACACUAACUGCUUAUGUUUAGAUGUAUUCUCUGUCCACCACUUAUCUAUGUGUCCAUCUGUCUAUCUAUCGCUGUGAAACUCAUUACGUCUCCCUUCUCCCAAUUUGAUAACAUAUUGUUAACCUUUUUACUAAGCCGCCUGCUUUGUGGUCAGGGUCCUCAAGCUAUUUGCAUUAUCAAUAUUGUUCUGUCAGUUAUUGUUAGACGGGAAUUGAAAUGCUGUCAUUUGUAGUAUUUUCUUUACUUAAUUUCUGUGUGUUACUGAGUCUUUUUCUCCCUCAAAAGCAAAAACAAACAAAAAAAGUGUUCAUAUCUUGGAAACCACAAAAACCAAAACACAAUCAGUAUCCCUCCUCUUCAGCAGUGAAUCAUGUCACUGUUCUGUGUGAAUGAACUGAAAACAUAAGUGUGUGUGUGAGUGUGUGUGAGUGAGUGAGUGGGCAGGUGAGUGUGCAAAUACAGUGUGUGCACACGCUUAAGGUCUGUCAUUUCUCUUUGUAAGUGCUAUGCAAGUACAAAAGAAAAGCAAAGCAUUUUGACUUCUUUUGUUUCCUGGAAGAGUAAUUCUAUUUUUUCAGACCAGGGCAUUGACAGGGUUUUGAUUUUGUAUCCUGAAGUGGUUUAAGAGUGGUGAUGGUAGUCUGUGUAGGAGCUGUCCAUCUGAAUCAGAAGAAUUACUGACUACUGAAAAAGCACACAUGGAAGAACAACACAAAGUAUGGUGCAAUGGCUACAAUACAAGUUGGGACUAAUAUGAACUCAUGCCCUGCAGAUCUUUGUCUGUGAGGAAAUCACACUGAACGUGACCGGUUCAGUACUUUGGAUCCCUGAACACUGCAGGACUAUUUUCUUUCCUCAAAUCUUGUUACAGAGACUGACUAGCUGUAGACUACAGUGUUUAUUCAUCCAGAUUUCUUGAGUAUCUGUUGGAUCUUUGGCCAUAGCUCUGGAUAAUUUGUUCUGGAACUGGACUGGAUUCUACCUUGCUCCCAUUAAAGAGAAAAAAUUUG